AUGGCGCAGUCAACUUGGUCUGUCACGGCGUCAGCAGGAUCAGUGUCGCAGGAAGAGCAGCAGAGUGGUGCCUCGGAUCAGCCUCCCCUGGUGGUGGCGACGCGCGAGAAAGGCAAAAACGGCAAGCUGAUGAAGGCACUGAGUGCGAGGGGAGUGUCAGUGAUGGAGCUGCCGCUCAUCCAGCACUCAGACGGGCCCGACACCCACCGCCUGCCAGCCGUGCUUCAAGAAGAGGAGUUUGAGUGGAUUGUGAUAACCUCGCCAGAAGCUGCUUCAGUAUUCCUUACUGGCUGGAGGGUCGCCGGCGCUGAGGCUGGCAGUGGUGGGGGGCGGCACAGCGGAGGGUGUUCCAACCAGCUGGGCGAGCCCGAGAAGCACCUCCUGCCCGUCCAGUUCCGACGGCCAAAUAUCUGUCGGCUGAGAUUUCGAAGACUUAAGGCGGGCAACCGCCGGGUGCUUCUGGGUGCAACCUUGUGUGCUCUCCUCAUUUCCACUCUCUCCUCCCUCUCCUCGCUCUCCGCCCUCCCUGCGUCCCCAGCCACGGCCAAGUAUCUGUCGGCUGAAAUCCCGGAGAUUGAAGGCGGCAACCGCCGGGUGCUGUACCCCGCCUCGGCCAAGGCCAGCACGGAUCUCCGAGUCGGUGACGAGUGUGGACGAGGACACCAUACAGGAGAGCCGCCAGGGCUCCUGUCGUUGCUGUGGGCUUCUCCCCACUGCUGUCAGCCCCUCAACCUUCCUCCCACCACUUCCUUCUCCUCUGGCUUCCUUCCCGCCUCGCCCCAUGCCCAUGCGCCCCAGGGCAUGGAUGGAGGUGGUGGCGUCCCGCACGCAGUGGGACAGAGCCUACUUUUGAGACGUAACCUCUCCCCUGUCUUUUGCCUGCCUCGCACCUCGCCCCGCAGCCCCAGGGCAUGGAUGGAGGUGUGGCGUCUCGCACGCAGUGGGAUGGAGCUGCAGCGUGCGUAG